AGUUAUGACUAUUGACGGUGCUGUCAUCUCUAUCCCAAUAGAGGCUGGUAACCUGCCUAGCUGUCAUCCACAUUAUACAUUGCUGGCAUGCCUGCUUUCCGCUCUAGAAACCUAUUGUACUUACGUGUUGAUACGCAAACUAUCCUUCCCGUGUUCCUGCAUCUGGACGACCAGAACGGACACACGGAGUGGAUGACUCAGAGCACACUCGAACAAGUGGUAGAAGAUAUGCGGUACCUCAUAGGUCCAAAGAUAGAGGCUGAAGACCGCGCGGCGGUCGCUCCUGGACCUUCAUCAAUGAAGAAGACUUCUGGGGUUGAUGUAUUUCGUGGAAAAACGUAUCAGUUUGGCUACUACCUCGAGAAAGCGGAUCACCACACUAUUUUAAUCAAGCAUCAGUCGUUUGUCCCUGCUGCUCCACUUGUGUCAGCGAAGCCUGCCGUAACUGCUAGUGUAUCUCCUAGAGCAUUCCAGCCUACUAGGGAGAGUGGGUUGGUAUCCAGCACUCAGGGGAAGAAGCGAGCCCGUCCUCAGAGUCUUGAAGUCGACGAUCUUGAUCAACAACAAAGCCGAGAGCAAACUGAGGUUCACCUCGUGCCUACCCCUUUGCAACCUCGUCGGUCACGACGUACUAAAUCUAGGGUCGCCAACUAUCAAGAACUCAGCGAUUCAGAGCAACAAAGAGGCCAGCCGGGAGAUGAACUAGGCUCCUCCAAUGCCCGCCAAUCAUUCCAAGAACCCGGUGAAGAUGAUGGAUAUGAGGCAGAAAUAAAGAUGGAACGUAGUGACCACGAUGACAUCCUACACUACCCUUCUUUGUCCAAUCCUCUGCCAAGCCCAUUUGAUGUCGAUGACAGUGAUAACGAAGAUGCAGCCGACAAAAAGAAGCUUAAGCUGACUACGUCGUACACGGGCUUCACAAUAUCAAAGUACAAACUCUGCUUGAUCGUACAGCCCUAUCCACCACUUCCGAAGCCAGGUUUCACCUCUAAGUCUCCCGGAACGCAACCAUCGCGGGUGCGAGAUGCUCCCGCCUCAUCGCUCCUGCCAAGUCGCCAAGCCCACCUGGCACCCUUCAUUCAUUUAUCACCCACCCCUGGCCCACAACCAUCAAGACGGCGCACCCCUCUCUUUCGCGAGCCCAGUAUGACACCCGCACCGGAUACUGUAUUGCAAGAAACCUCUCCGCUGAAGGGCCUGACCAUGAGCCUGGGGGAUUCGUUCGGGCCAUCCGAGGGCCUGAACGCAGCGGAUAAUGAGCUUGAGAACCUCAUGGAGGUUACCCAAUCGUUCAGUUUAGCUUCGGGAACUAUGGAACGCAUGGGUGUCCCUAUGUAUGCGGGUGGCAUCAGUGCAAAUGUAGAUGCGGACGAGGACGGUUGGCUCAUGGGCGACGCGGAUGAAAGAAACGAUUGAGUCACGACGGCAUGAAACCACUUCGCAGAAUGUGAAUAGCGAGGAUAAUCCUUCACUUUCCUAGACCAAAUUGAACACCUGGAGGCCUGCAGUCCAGGGGAUGUGUUCGGUCAUGCUCAGAUACGUCGAAUUUGAUGCUGUGCUCCUAAAGUGGCGCCUGUCACAUAAUCUACCA